ACGUUGUUUCAUUUCACCAAUUCAACAACGCUACGAGACUUUGCAGAUGUGGUUACAGUUGGAAGUAUCAUGGCGUGGAGUGUCCAGAAUUUGUGGUGUUACCUUUCCUUGCUGUUACUUUUCACCAGCAUACACGGAAACACAGAAAACAAAAUAGAAGCCCUGAACGAGGUGAACAGUGAUUUUGCUUUCCGUCUGUACAAAAGCAUCGCGUCUGGUGCUCAGUCCCAGAACGUGUUCUUCUCUCCACUGAGCGUGUCCACGGCUCUGGCUGCACUGUCUUUAGGAGCAGGUGGUGAGACUCAUCGACAGCUUCUCAGUGGCCUCGGAUUCAACAGUUCCGUCAUCACCAGCGAGGAGAUGCACCAAGCCUUCCUCGAUCUCCUCCAGAACUUCAAUCAGAGGACAGGGGUAGACCUGAACGUGGGCACUGCUCUCUACGUCAACGAGACCUUUAAACCUCAUCCAGAAUUUCUGGAGAAUCUUAAGCGUUUUUAUCUUUCUGAAGGCUUCGCUGUUGAUUUUAAAAAGACCACAGAGACCUCUGAUCAAAUCAACAAAUAUGUCAGUGAAAAGACGCACGGAAAAAUCAGCAAGUUUAUUGAAAAAUUGGAUCCACACACCAUCAUGUAUCUGCUCAGCUAUAUAUAUUUUAAAGGUAAAUGGUCCAUCCCAUUUAACCCCAGAAUGACUCGAAAGGAUGAAUUCCAUGUGGAUAAAGAGACAACCGUUCCAGUUCAAAUGAUGUAUCUGAGGGAUGACUUUUACAUCUACAGUGAUCUUGAACUAUCUGUCAGUGUUAUUCGUUUGAAUUACAAUGAUUCAUUCUCCAUGAUACUGGCUCUGCCCCUUAAUAAUAUUACACUUUUGGAAGAGGCUUUGCAUCCACACCACAUCAACAAGUGGCAAAAAUUGAUGUCAGAACGUAUGUGUGGCAUCUUUCUUCCUAAACUGUCCCUAAAAACCUCAUAUUCUCUGAAGAGCAUUCUGUCUGAAAUGGGAUUUAUAGAUAUGUUUACAGCUAAAGCUGACUUCUCUGGGAUUUCUGAUGAAAACUUGUUAGUUUCUGAGGCUGUACAUAAAGCCACUCUAGAUGUAGAUGAAGCUGGAACCACAGCAAUAGCAGUGACGGGAAUAGGCUUCGUAGGCUUUUCUGGAAGAAUUUUUGAAGUGCUGAAGUUUGACCGGCCAUUUAUGUUCUUUAUAGUUGACCAAAAAACAAAGAAUGUCCUUUUUAUGGGGAAAAUUGUGAAUCCAGCAAAUUCUGAGGUCCAUCAAUAAUAAACAAAAAGAAAAAUGUGUCUUUCCAUACUCAACAUACAGGGUAGACGUGAUGAAGAUUAGGAAUGUUAUGAGAUGAGAUGGGGUGGUGUGUGUUGGUAUGGGGUCCUGACUGCAAAAUAAAUAAAUAAACCCCA